CUCUCUCUCUCUCUCACACACACACACACACACACACACAGAACCAGGAAGUUUCAGAGAAAACAAAACUGAUCUCUCUCUCUCCUUGUGUGAGUUUAGGAAAAUGGCUGAAGCCAAUAUUUCAGUAGAUUUUUCUGUGGAUCAGUUCAGCUGUCCAGUGUGUCUGGAUCUCCUGAAGGAUCCGGUGACUAUCCCCUGUGGUCACAGUUUCUGUAAGGUGUGUAUUAAUGGCUGCUGGGAUCAGGAGGAUCAGAAGGGCGUCUACAGCUGUCCUCAGUGCAGAGACACUUUCACUCCAAGGCCUGUUCUACGCAGAAACAACAUGCUGGCUGAAGUGGUGGAGAAACUGAAGAAGACUGAAGUCCAAGCUGCUUCUCCUGCCCACUGUUACACUGGACCUGGAGAUGUGGAGUGUGAUUUCUGCACCGGGAGAAAACACAAAGCCGUCAAGUCCUGUCUGAUCUGUGUGGCUUCGCUUUGUGAAACUCAUCUGAAACCUCAUUUAGAUAUUCCUGCUUUAAAAAAACAUACAUUAGUCGAAGCAUCUGGAAAUCUACAAGAGAAGAUCUGCUCUGAACAUGAUGAAGUGUUGAAGAUCUACUGUCGUACUGAUCAGAGAUGUAUUUGCUCUUUGUGCAUGUUGGAUAAACAUAAAGGCCAUGACGCUGUAUCAGUUACAGCAGGAAGAGCUGAGAAACAGAGUGAGUUAAAGGAGGAUCAGAUGAAAUUCCAGCAGAGAAUCCAGGAGAAGCAGAAGAAGGUGCAGGAGCUGAAACAGACUGUGAACACUAUAAAGCUCAGUGCACAGACAGCAGUAGAUGACAGUGAGAGGAUCUUUACUGAGAUGAUCAGCUUCAUGGAGAAAAAGCGCUCGGAGGUGACGGAGCUGAUCAGAGCUCAGGAGAAGGCUGAACUGAGUCGAGCUGAACGACUCCUGGAGCAACUGGAGCAGGAGAUUGCUGAUCUUCAGAGGAGAGUCACUGAGCUGGAGCAGCUUUCACACACACACGAUCACAUCCAUUUCCUCCAGGCUUUAGCUUCUGGAUGUCAAUCUCCAUUAAAAAGACCAGAGUUUGACACGUCCAGAAUCACUGUCCCUCAACAUCUGUCAUUUGAUGGAGUGAGGAAUUCUCUCUCAGAUCUGAAGAAGAGACUGGAGGAAUUCUGUGAGGAGGAAUUCAACAAAAUCCCUCCACAUGCUGCAGCAGUUCAGAUCAUUUCACCACCAGAGCCACAGAGCAGAGAAGAGUUUCUGAAAUAUUUCUGUUAUCUGACUCUGGAUCCCAACACAACACAUCCUAACAUCAUUCUGUCUGAGAAGAACAGAGUGGUGAAGAGCAGUAAGAGUCAGCAGCAGUACUCUGAUCAUCCAGAGAGAUUUAACUACUACAGACAGGUGUUGUGUAAGGAGAGUGUGUGUGGACGCUGUUACUGGGAGGUGGAGUGGAGCGGUGGGUUUGGUGGUGUGUCCAUUUCAGUCUCAUAUAAAGACAUCAGCAGGAAAGGACUGGGUGAUGAGUGUGGGUUUGGACGCAACAAUCAGUCCUGGAUUCUGUGGUGUUCUCCUUAUUCUUCUCUCUAUUUCUAUCACAACAACAUUAAGACUGAUCUCAGAGUUCCAUCACCCUCCAGAAUAGGAGUUUAUGUGGAUCACAGUGCAGGAACUCUGUCCUUCUACAGCAUCUCUGACACCAUGAAGCUCCUCCACAGAGUCCACACCACAUUCACUCAGCCUCUAUAUGCUGGGUUCUGUCUUGAUUCACUAUCAUACGUGAGGUUGUGUGAUCCAGAAUAAGAUGUAUCUGGUGUUUUGUGGUCAGUAACAAGUAGAAAUUGUAUCACAAAUGAUCUUAUAGAAAAGUGUUUAAUUCCAACAAGAUUCCACAUUAUAGAGAGAUCGUUCCUGAGCACCAAAGCACAGGACAAAAAAACAACAAAAAAAAUCCAUAAAAACACAUUUCAAAAAAGUUCUACAUUGAUUUGCAUUUUAUUGAGUGAAAUAAGUAUUUGACCCCUUUGUAAAACAUGACUUAGUACUUGGUGCCAAACCCUUGUUGGCAAUCACAGACGUCAGACAUUUCUUGUAGUUGGCCACCAGGUUUGCAUACAUCUCACAUCUCAAGGAAUUUGGGCCCACUCCUCUUUGCAGAUCCUCUCCAAGUCAUUAAGGUUUUGUAGCUGACCCUUCAGCUCCCUCCACAGAUUUUCUAUGGGAUUAUGGUCUGGAGACUGGCUAGGCCACUACAGGACCUUAAUGUGCAGGACCAUGUUUGACGGUGGGGAUGGUCUUCUUGGGGUCAUAGGCAGCAUUCCUCCUCCUCCAAACACGGCAAGUUGAGUUGAUGCCAAAGAGCUGGAUUUUGGUCUCAUUUGACCACAAUACUUUCACCCAGUUCUCCUCUGAAUCAUUCAAAUGUUCACUGGCAAACUUCAGAUGGUCCUGUACAUGUGCUUUCUUUAGCAGGGGACCUUGCGGGCGCUACUGGAUUUCAGUCUUUCACGGUGUAGGGUGUUACCAAUUGUUUUCUUGGUGACUAUGGUCCCAGCUGCCUUGAGAUCAUUGACAAAAUCUUCCAGUGUAAUUCUGGUCUGAUUCCUCACCGUUCUCAUGAUCAUUGAAACUCCAUGAGGUGAGAUCUUGCAUGGAGCCCCAGACCGAGGAAGACUGACAGUCCUUUUGUGUUUCUUCCAUUUGGGAAUAAUCACACCAACUGUUGUCACCUUCUCACCAAGCUGCUUGGCGAUGGUCUUGUAGCUCAUUCCAGCCUUGUGUAGGUCUACAAUCUUGUCCCUGACAUCCAUGGACAGCUCUUUGGUCUUGGCCAUGAUGGAGAGUUUGGAAUCUGAUUGAUUGCUACCUUCUGUGGACAGGCGUCUUUCAUACAGUUAACGAGCUGAGAUUAAGAGCACUCCCUGAGAGUGCUCCUACUGUAAUCUCAGCUCCUUACCUGUAUAAAAGACACCUGGGAGCCAGAAAUCUUUCUGACUGAUAGGGGAUCAAAUACUUAUUUCACUCAUUAAAAUGCAAAUCAAUGUAGAACUUUUCUGAAAUGUGUUUUUCUGGAUUUUUUUUGUUGUUAUUCUGUCUCUCACUGUUCAAAUACACCUACCAUUAAAAUUACAGACUGAUCAUUUCUUUGUCAGUGGGCAAACUUACAAAAUCAGCAGGGGAUCAAAUCAUUUUUUCCCUCACUGUACCUCUCGCACAUGGCGACAAACUCCCGGAAACCCAACCGGGAAAUGGAUUAGCACAACACCUGGCUGUUCUUGCAAAGCCUUUUUAUAUCCCCCCAAACUAGAGCCUAAUAAUGAAUACUGGGGGCAUGACCGGAAAUGUAAAUGUGAGCACACAGUGAACUCUCUCUCACCACAUACAACUUUAUAAUUGGGGGUGUGUCUGUGUUCAGAAUAAACCAAUCACAUUCAAUCUCAUGUACAAAAGUAAUUAUCAUCAGCUGCAUCAAUGAAAUGAUUCUGAUUAACCAAGUUUAACCUUUAUUCCAAAUAAAGAAGGUUCUGUGGGAUUUUCUUCAAAACUUCUUGUGCAAAUUCAGCAUGUAAACAGUUAUAAUAUGGGUGAAGAUACAGACAUAUAUCUGUCGUGUCUUGAGUUCAGAACAGAUCAGUUCAGAAAGUUGUGUGUGUGUGUGUGUAUGUAGUGAUGAUAUCACAGACCAUUACCUCAUACUGUACACACUACCUGCCGAACAGAUUAGCCAAGUCUCACCCCGUUAUCGAUUUGGUAGAACUAUUGAUCCGACCACUAAAGACAGAUUUACAAGUCAUCUGCCGGAUCUGUCUCAAAAUCUAACUUCACCCCAAACACAGAUGAUCUAGAUGAAGUGACUAACAGCAUAGGCACUGUCUUCACUAGCACAUUAGACAUUUGCCCCCAUCCGAUUAAAAAAUGUCAGAGAUAAAUCACCUGCACCAUGAUACAAUAGUCAUACCCACACCCUCAAGAGAGCAACCUCGAGAAACCUUGAGCGAAAGUGGAGAAAAACUAAAUUAGAAGUUUUUAGAAUUGUGUAUAAAGACAGUAUGUCCAGCUAUAGACGGGCUCUAAAAGCUGCUAGGGCUGAGCAUCUGAGCAAACUGAUAUAAAUAAACUGAAAUAAAUAAAUAAAUAAACUGAAAUAAACCAAAACAAUCCCAGGUUCUUAUUUAGAGAAAUCUGGAGAGAGUUUAGUUUAGUAGUGAGGAGAAUUUCUUCACUAAAAAAAUUGAAAGUAUCAGGAAAAAAAUUGUGGAUGUUUAACCUUUGACAGCAUCUUGUGAUCCAGUCCCGCCUAAAGCUCCACACUUAGAGCUCCAAUGCUUUACAGGUAUAGGACAGGAAGAGCUGUAUAUACUCAUCACUACGGCUAAAUCAACAACAUGUUUGUUAGAUCAAAUUACAGACCGAUUUCAAGCCUUCUGUUCUAUCUAUAUAUUCUAUAUCUAAAAUAUUAGAAAAGGUGGUGUCUACUCAAUCAUGUUUAUUCUUAGAGGAAAACAAUGUCUUUGAAGAAUUUCAGUCAGGUUUCAGGCCACAUCAUAGUACAGAAACUUACUAGUUAAAAUCACCAAUGACCAAAACUGGUUCAAAAUCCAGAACACAGAUACUAUCACAAUUCAACUUGCAUUUAGAAAGAUGUGCUAUCAUGAUUAGCUGGACAGUUAAAGACCUGGCCGUAACAUUAGACAGCAACUUUUGAAAAUCAUUUUUCCAAUAUUACAAAAAUGGCCUUCUUCCACCUUAGUAUAUUAUUCUCUUAGUAAAUAUUCCUAAACAUUUUAUCUGUAUCUGAUGCAGAAAAGCUAGUUCAUGCAUUCAUGACUUCCAGACUGGACUAUUGUAAUGCAUUACUAGGUGUUAGCCCUGCAUCCUCAAUAAACAAGCUACAGUUAGUCCAGAAUGCAGCUUCUUACCAAGUCAAGAAAAUAUAUAUAAAUAUAUAACCUUAAUAUUAUCAUCCUUGCACUGGCUUAAGUUUAGAAUUAAUUACAAAUUAUUGCUGCUUAUGUACAAGGUUCUAAAUGAUUUAGCUCCCAUAUAUCUAACCAGUCAUGUUCCUUGAGAACACAAAAUUCUGGACUUCUGGUAGUUCCCAAAAUAGCAAAGUCCACUAAAGGGGGUAGAGAGUUUUUGUAUUUAGCUCCUAAACUUUGGAAUAGCCUUCUUGACAAUGUUCAGGGUUCAGACACACUUUCCCAGUUUAAUCGUAGAUUAAAGACAUCUCAUUAAAAGCACUAUACAAAUAAAACUGAAUUAAAUUGAACUGAAUUACGUAUGGUUCUACUAAAGCACAGUAAUAUUACCAACAUUUUAGAGUCCAAGCCAAUCAAACAUGGCAACGGGCUGUGUCCCAAACCACACAAUACUCCUAAAUAGUGUACACUUCACGUCUAACAGUAGUGCACUAGUCCUACAUUGCCUUAGUAACCACAUUUGUUUUUAGUGUUAACAUGGAGGUGUGAUUUGGGACACAGCCAUCUGCAGACCUCUGGAGAAAUGACCACUGAAUGAAAUGAUGGAUCAGAGUUCCACUGUCCAUCCUAGAAGCUGUGUGCUGAGAAUACUAAAGCUGUUGGCUGAAAUUACCAAUCAAUCUAUGGAGGUUAGAACCUUCAGAAUAAUGAUUAAAGAACCUUUGCAGCAGUGGUUCUAA